UAACACUUUCUUUUUCCACAGUUCGUCCUCGAUCCCCCAGGUUAUGGUCCUCCACAGUGUGUGGUGAAUGUCUGAGCGUGAAGACGGGGCCCCUCCAGACCGCUGGCCUUACUGCUUCUUUAAAACGCCCCGAGACCUUGAAGAGCCUGAAGCAUGCGCCGUGCUCCGCGUAAAGGUUAGUGAGGCGGACCACUGCCAGACACCCCUGCUGUCCAGCUCUCCGGGGUCGCGCUUUAUUUGCUGUAGAGACCCUCAAUUUCUUUCGCAAAAAAAUAUUCCAGACAAAUGGAUCCUUUACAAAAUGGGAAUAACUGCGAGGAGGACUCGCAGUGCGCUGAAGAGGAAGAGGAGGUGGAUCCAAGAAUCCAGGGAGAACUGGAGAAGUUAAACCAGUCUACAGAUGACAUUAACCGCUGGGAGAGUGAGCUGGAGGACUGCCGCCAACGGUUUCGCGCAGUGCUGGUGGAAGCAACAGUGAAGCUGGACGAGCAGGUGAAGAGAAUUGGACGAGCUGUUGAUGACUCCAAGCCGUACUGGGAAGCCCGCAAAGUAGCAAGACAGGCCCAGGUUGAAGCCCAGAAGGCCACCCAGGAGUUCCAGCGGGCGGUGGAGAUCUUGCGAGCGGCAAAGGAGACCAUCGCCCUGGCCGAAGAGAGGCUGCUGGAGGAGGACAGUCGACAGUUUGACUCAGCCUGGCAGGAAAUGCUCAAUCAUGCAACGCAGAGGGUGAUGGAGGCUGAACAGGCCAGAACACGCAGUGAAGCGGAGCACAGAAAAACAGCAGCCAAUCACAACUCCUGCAUCAGUCACAUGAGGCAGCUAGAGAAGAAACUAAAGCGCACAAUCAACAAAUCCAGGCCGUAUUUUGAACUGAAAGCAAAGUAUUAUCUACAGCUCGAGCAACUGAAACGCCAGGUGGAUGAGCGCCAGGCCAAACUUGUAGUUGCUAAGGCGGAGUACCGCUCAGCGCUAAGCAACCUGGAGAGCAUCUCUGAAGAGAUCCAUGCCCAGAGGCGGUCCCUCGCCAUGGGAACCAGGGAGCAGGGUGUUGGUGCCGAGGGAGACGGUGGAAAUGAGGACAUUGCCAAUUUUAAGAUGGAGUCAGACGGUCUGUCAAUGGUGUCAGUAUCAAUUGACGAAGAGGGCAGUCACAGUAGCAGCUCAGAAGAGGAGACCGACACUCACUCCACCUCCUCUCCCAGAGCUGUGCCCUCCUCACCCUCCACAUCCUCCUCCCAUACAUCCAACUCAACCUACACCCCCCUGGACAUGCCCUGUCCUUACCCAUCCUCCUCGCUCUACAUCCCUGCCUCCUGCCUGUCCUCCCCUCCCUCCUCCUCUUCCUCCGUCCUCUCCGCCUCUUGUCCUGAUAGCCUGGAGGUAGUGAACCCCUGUAGCCCUCAUGACCCCGACUCACUGUGCGGGUCUGGGCACACCUCACCUCUCCUAGGCCCCCGCAGCCAGUGCAGUGGCGCUUCCUCUCCAGACUGCGACCAGGAGAGAGGUGACAGAGCGGAGGGAGCUGAGGCGAAGCUUGAAGCUGGUUUGACAAAGCUAACCUUGACUGCAGCACAACAAGAAGGAGACGCCGGGGAAGAACAAGACCCUCUUAUGUGAACCCAGAAAUGUCCUCUUCCAGCCCUGCAACUACCAGACUGAUACUUAACAGUGUUUAAUGCACAUCUGUCAAACUUCAGACUCACGCCGUGCGCUGCUUCGAGGCUUAAACUGACCUUUGGCUGAACAUCUGAAACAGACUGAAGACAGCAAGCUGCACACCGACCUGACAUUAUGUCUCCAUAUUGUCUAAACAUCACAUGAUGUCAUGUUAAGGUGCUACAUGUAAUGUACCUUAACAUCAGUGCAUCAUGGUCAUGAAAAACUAUGAACCCAUUAGUAUUGUAAACACAUCUGUGCAGAAGUUCUCUUUUUUUUUUGGCUGAAAAAAAAAGUAAAUGUUGUGCCAUAAAGAUAUUUCUUUGUUGUUCAGCAGAAUAAGAUUUUGUAUAACUUGGCAUAUCGCAUAGUGAGACUGUUAAUCCUCUCAAAAAGGGUGUAGGUAGCCUACUGCUUCUGAUUUGUGACAAAGGAAAACAAAAAAGUAUUAAUUUGCUAUUGUUUGCACCAUUUAGAGAUGUUUGUAUUAAUGUGACCAGUAAGCCUCAUUUUUGGAUAUGAAUCUGAUGUGGAUCCAAAUUUGACAAAAGAAUAAUCUGUCAGAUGUAGGACUAUAACUUGUUUUUUCAUCGAGCUCCUCCUUUAACUCCUACUUUUAAGUCUGAAAGAAAUGUAGCCGGUGGAGACUGUGGUUGUGGCUGUGGUUCUGGAGGAAUGGUUGUCGAGAAGGAAAUGGAGUGUAAGCCACGCUCUGAGCACUAAACUAAAGACGAUACUGUCUUCGAAUGGGGCUGAACAUUUCAGACAACAAUCGUCUUCCAUUUGGAUCUGUAAAUAAGUGAGUGAAUGUAUUUUUGCGUGUAGCCUACCAUCUGAUGUGGAGGUGAUUGUAGUGAUUGAGUGAAUGUUUUUUUUUCUGUGUGUCUUUGUCUGUGUUAAAAAAAACUGAAACCCCCUGUAGUACAGAUAUUCUAUAUUUAUACUCCUGUAUUCUUGUAAAUGAACAGUUUUUUUGGUUACUGUUGUUGUGUAACACAAAAUAAACGAUAAACAUGUGUCA